AGAGCAGAACACUGUAUGUAAUCUAUCAAGCGUCACAGAGUAUUAUUUCAUCUCUAUCAGAGGAAAGCAAAUAAAAGAGAAUAGUAUGUUUGUAUUUUUUAAGCAUAUAUAAAGUCUUGGAUCUGCAGAAGAUAGAUAACAAAGAGAAGAUGACGAUGAUUAUGGAUGGGAGUGAAAGUCCAAGAAGCCCAGAAGCAAGACUGGGGAUGAAAGUGGAAGAUUUGUGGGAUACACAAGAGCCUCAGCUGACUCCAACAGAAAAGCUUAAUGCUUGCUUUGAAAGCAUCCCUGUUUCUUCCUUCCCCCUUGCUCCUCCUUCCCAGGUUAUUGAGAUCAAUUCCGACACUAGUGUUGCUGAAGCUGUUCAGUUAAUGGCUAAACAUAAAAUUCUAAGUCUGCCUGUUGUUGACGUUGAUGCACCAAAAGAUGCUAGCUGGAUGGAGAGAUACAUUGGCAUCAUUGAGUUCGCUGGCAUUGCCGUAUGGAUUCUGCAUCAGUCAGAAGAAAAAGAAGGAUCUGCUGGCUCAGAACUAAUUGCCACUGGAUCUGAGGAAUCCACAAGUCCCGCUGUUGCCGCAGCAACAAAGGGAAUGUAUUCUCCUAGAUAUAGAAGUUUUAACUCUUUUUCUGCUGCCUCAGCCUCUGGACACUUUUUUGAGGCUCUGACUUCCUCUGCACUUUAUAAGAAUACAAAGGUUCGAGAUAUCUCUGGAUCAUUUCGAUGGGCUCCAUUUCUUGCCUUGCAGACAUCCAAUUCCUUUCUGACCAUGCUCUUACUACUAUCAUCAUACAGAAUGAAGAGUGUUCCUGUAGUUGAUUCCGGAGAAGGGAAGAUUGAAAACAUAAUUACCCAAUCUGCUGUUAUACACAUGUUAGAGGAAUGUGCUGGUCUUCAAUGGUUUGAACGUUUGGGUAGUAAGAAACUAUCUGAACUUGGUCUUCCCCUAAUGAAACCCGGUAACGUUGUAAAGGUGCACGAGGAUGAGCCAGUAUUGCAAGCAUUUAAACUGAUGAGGCAAGAGGGAUUCGGUGGAGUACCAGUGGUUGGAAGUGAUGGCAAGGCGGUUGGUAAUAUAAGCAUCAGAGACAUUCAGUUCCUUCUACUUGCACCGGCUAUUUACAAGGAAUACAGAUAUAUGACAGCUAAGAACUUCCUCACGGCUAUUAGACAUUAUUUGGAAGAGCAUGAACAGUCAACACCAUUCUCGAGUGGAAUGAUUACAUGCAAAAGAGAUGACACGCUUAAAGAAGUAAUCAUAAAGCUUGAUUCCAGGAAGAUCCAUCGAGUCUACGUUGUAGAUGAAGCGGGAAAUCUAGAAGGGGUAGUCACACUCAGAGAUAUCAUCUCGAAGCUGGUAUACGAGCCUCCAGGCUACUUUGGAGACUUUUUUUAUGGUGUUCUGCCACUGCCUGCAAAUAGCCGGGUCUAAAGGCUUGCAUUUGCCUGUUUUGUUAAUGCAGUUGUAGAGUAUUUACUUGCUGCUUGGGUUUUUGCUUGAUAAUAAAAGCUUCUGUGUUUUCUGUUAUUGUGCAACCGAAUUUGUAGUAGUAUCUUUUAGCUGGAAUGUUAAGCGGAGAAGGGGUUCCUAGUAAGUAUGAAAGUGAGGUCUAAUGCAACUUCAAAGAGUCACUCAAUUUGUAAUAAUGACCAUCAAUGCUUUGAAGACUUUAAAUAAAAUCAUUUGAAAUUUUUUAA